UUUGAUCUGAUUAAUUUCCAUGAACUUGCACAUCAAUGUUUUUCGUUUCUAUAUAAAGGUAGAAGGCCUCCAUUUUCUCUACUUCAAUUUGGAUUCAAGCUCACCAGCAAUGGAAGAACUAGCCCAUGAUUUCUCUCCCUUCAUCCGCGUAUACAAAGACGGCCGAGUAGAGAGACUCAUGGGAACUGAUAUACUCCCUCCAUCUUCAAACGGCACUGUUGAGUCCAAAGAUGUUGUCUUUUCACCAGAAACUGGUCUAUCCGCCAGGCUUUUUGCUCCGAAAAUCCGAAACCCCGAUCAAAAACUCCCUCUUCUUGUGUACAUUCACGGCGGUUGCUUUUGCUUUGGAACCCCGUUCUCCGCCACCUACCAUAAUUACUUAAACGCUUUAGUUCAUGAAGCCAACAUCAUUGCAGUCUCGGUUGAUUACAGAAGAGCGCCGGAGCAUCCUGUCCCUAUUUGUUUUGACGAUUCAUGGACCGCCCUUAAAUGGGUCGCUUCUCAUGUUAAUGGAACUGGUCCUGAAGAUUGGCUAAACAAUUUUGCUGAUCUUGAAAAGGUCUAUUUUGCGGGUGAUAGUUCUGGUGCUAAUACAGCACACUUCAUGGGAUUGAGAUAUGGCCAAGAAAAACCAGAGGGUGUUAAGGUUGCACGGAUUAUUUUGAUACAUCCGUACUUCUGGGGCAGUGAACCGAUCGGUGCAGAGGUUAAUCACUUGGAGAGAAGAGAAUUUGUAGAGAAAUUCUGGCGUUUUGUAUGUCCUGUAACAAGUGGGUGCGAUGAUCCGUUGUUUAAUCCUGUGGCUGAUCCGAAAUUGGCGAGUCUGGAGAGCUGUAGAGUGCUGGUUUGUGUUACUGAGAAGGAUUUGUACAGAGACAGGGGAUGGUUCUAUUAUGAGAAGUUGAAGGAGAGUGAAUGGAGAGGUGUUGUGGAGAUUAUCGAGACGAAAGGAGAAGAUCAUGUCUUCCAUUUGUUCAAUCCCAGCUCUGAAAAUGCUGUAGCUUUGCUCAAACAAAUUGGUUUUUUCAUCAAUCAGAAGAUUCAAGAGAAGGCCUGACUGUUGCUGGCAUUCUAUAGCAGCAUCUCUCAGUAUUAGAAUUAUGGUUUUUAACAUUUUCCUUUUAAGCUUUAAUGCAAUCGCAUAGACUGUACUGAAAGCUUCAAUGAAUAAAUCA